AUGGUGAACAUGGACUGUGUAACCGUGGAGGUUCCUCAGGUCGGUAUGAUUUUUGAUACCUGCCAAGAAGCGGAUUUGUAUUACAAUGCGUAUGGCAAGCAACAAGGGUUUGGGGUUGUGCUUGCACAAAGUGCCUAUAAAGUUGUGGGGGGAGUUAAGGUUAAGCGUGCAACAACAUGGAAAUGCGACUGUUAUGGUAAACCAAGUACUAGGAGGAAAGUUGGUGGGAAAAGAUUGGCAAGGGAGUUAGAAGGGGAACCCGUAGCAACGAAGAAGACCAAAAAAUGUGGGUGUCUUGUGAAGGUAUAUGCUGGUUUGUUGGAGAAUGGGAAAUGGGAGUUGAAGAAGGUGGAGUUGGAGCAUAAGAAUCAUAAUCCAACCCCUUCCAAAGCAUUGCUAGUUCCAAAGUAUAGAAUGGCAGAAUUGGAGAGGAUGCCUCAUAUUAGGAAAAGGCUAAAAUUUGCUGAUGAUGUUGGGAUAAGCACUUCAACUAUGCAUAACCUUAUGGCUAGUGAGAGGAAUGGCCUACAGAAUAUGCGUUUCACUAAGAAGGACUUGCAUAAUUUAAGGGCAAGGGAGAAGAAGCUGAAAUUUAAAGAUGGUGAUGCAAAUGCGAUGAUGAAGUACUUUCAAAUGAUGCAGACUAACAACAAGAAUUUCUUUCACAUGCAACGGUUGGAUAAGAAUGGUGUGCUUCAAGAUGUUUUGUGGGUCGAUGCUCGAAGUCGAGCUGCUUAUGAAGAUUUUGGGGAUGUUAUUUGUUUUGAUACGACAUUCCUAUUGAAUAAAUAUGAUUUGCCCUUUGCAAAUUUUGUUGGUGUUAAUCAUCACGGUCAGACUACCUUGCUUGGUUGUGCUCUUAUUUCUCGUGAAAAUACUGAAACCUUCAACAAGUUAGGCAAGUGUAAAGGGUAUGCUGAAUUUAAAGAUGAGCUGAAGAAUAUUAUUUAUGAUAGUUUAAGUAUGGAAGAGUUCCAAUUGAGGUGGAAGGAGUUUAUAGCUACGCACAAGCUAGAGAGUAACUUGAGGUUUGCUGUUUUGUAUUCGGAGAGGGAAAUGUGGAUUCCGGCAGCAAUGAAGCACAUGUUUUGGGCUGGAAUGAAGACCACUCAGAGGCAUACUGGUCUAUGUGACUUUGCUGAGAGAUAUGUUAGGGCUAUGGAACACCGCAUUGAAGCAGAACGGUUGGCUGAUGGGAAUUCUGUUAUGUAUCUUCGUACCCUACUAACAGAUUUUAAGAUAGAAGAGACAUUUAGGAAUGUGUAUACGGAUGCGAAAUUUGUGGAGGUGCAACGGGAGUGUAAGAGGUUGAUGUACUGUAAUUGCAGCAACAUCAAGGAGAUUGAAGAGGGGUUGUAUGAGCACCUUAUCAAAGACAGAGUUUAUAUUUACAGUGACAUUGAGAAGAAGGAGAAACCGAUUGGUCGGUGGCGAAUCUACCAGGUAUUAUACAAUGCAAAAAUAGAAGAAGUUGAAUGUGAAAUGUGA